AUGCAUCUAAAUACCCUUUGGGGAGCAUUGUGCUCCCUCACCUUACUCGUUCAUGCUUCCCACGGUUCAUUCAACAAGGCCAGGCAAUCCACUGAUCGGCUGGUCUUCACACAUUUUAUCAUCGGACUCACCAGCAGCCGCAACUCGGUUGCGGAUUACGACGAUGACAUGAAACGUGCCAAAUCCCUCGGUAUUGAUGCUUUUGCCCUGAACAUUGGUGUUGAUCCCGACACGGACCGGCAGCUGGACCUAGCCUACCAGUCUGCGGCCAAUAAUGGCAUGAAGGUGUUCAUUUCCUUCGACUUCAAUUGGUACAACACUGAGCAGGGAUACCAGCUGGGCCAGAAGAUUGCGCAGUACGCCAGCCUGCCCGCGCAGCUGAAGGUCGACGGCAAGGUCUUUGUCUCUUCAUUCGCUGGCGAUGGCCUGGAUAUCAACGUGAUGCGCUCCGCUGCCGGUCAGCCCGUCUUCUUUGCCCCCAACUUUCAUCCCGAGAUGGGCACCAACAUGGAUGGUGUGGACGGUCUGCUCAACUGGAUGGCGUGGCCCAAUGAUGGCAAUAAUAAAGCUCCGAAGCCGGGGCGUAACGUGAGUGUUGAGCAGGGCGAUGAGGCGUACAUCAAGGCCCUCGAUGGAAAGGCCUACAUCGCUCCGGUCUCGCCCUGGUUCUUCACCCAUUUUGGCUCCGAGGUCCCGUACAGCAAGAACUGGGUCUUCCCGGGCGACUUGCUCUGGUACGAUCGCUGGAAGCGGAUCCUCGCCAUGGGGCCGCGGUUCAUUGAAAUUGUCACCUGGAAUGACUACGGCGAGUCUCACUAUAUUGGUCCUCUCAGCUCUUCUCACGCAGAUGAUGGCGCAUCUAAAUGGGUAAAUGACAUGCCUCACGAUGGGUGGAUGGACAUGGCCAAGCCAUUCAUUGCCGCAUACAAGGAUGGCGCUACUUCAGUUGAUAGCUAUAUCACUGAGGAUUUGCUCGUCUAUUGGUAUAGACCUGCGCCUCGGGGCGUCAACUGCGAUAUGACCGAUACCUGCAUGAUCCCGGCCAACAACGGAAGCGGCAAUUACUUCUACGGCCGUCCAGAUGGCUGGGAGACCAUGGAAGACGCGAUCUUUAUCGUCACAACUCUCACUGAACCCGCCACUGUCACAGUCAAUACUGGCGGUAAUGUCCAUGUCUUUGAUGCGCCAGCCGGAGCAAGUGCCUUUACUGUUCCCAUGGGCGCCGGAUCGCAGGCAUUCUCAAUCAGCCGGAAUGGCCAAGUUCUCCAAUCUGGUGUCAGUCUGCUACCGAUUAUUGAUGGCUGUGUCUGCGGGCUUUACAACUUCAACUCUUACGUCGGGACGCUUCCGUCAAGGCCAAUUGACUCCCUUCGGAGUGCUGGCCUCAGCAGUCUGACCCCAGGUCUUCACGCUCAGACCUGCGCGCCGACUCCCUCGCUCGGUACAAACACUCCGAUUCCACCGCCCGGGUGGGGUGACACUCCUACGACGACUAUACAUAGAGCCUCUACGUGGUCCACCACGAUAGGGUCAGCGUAG